AUGUCGGCAACGGAAGCACCUACCGCCCAGCCGCCGGGCGACGCCGCCGCCCCCAGUGCCCCGUCAGUCCCGUCCAAGUCGGGCGGAGCGCAUGGCGAGGCAGCCAGCGCUUCGACGCACCCGAGCCCGGCGCCCAAGACGCCGGAGCGGCGCUCAGCCCCGGCGCGCGACUCGCUCUCCCCGCUGACGACAUCGACGUCGGCGUCGAAAUCAAAGCCCAUCACGCAGUUCCCCGAGCUGCCGGCUGCGCCGCCAUCUUACCGCCUGGGCAACGGCUACUCUGCGGCCUUCAAGGUGCCCACCGUGGCCGCGUAUCACGAGCAACAGAAGCAGCACGAGGCCGACGCAGACGAGUAUGCACGGAUCAUGGAGGCGCGCGCUGCCGAGCUCGGCGCGCGUGCGGCUGCAGCAGGAGGAGGAGGCAGCGACGAGUCGGCCGCACCCUCCCGCGCGAGCCUCGACAGCUCGCACUCGCUCCGGCAGAGCACGGGGUCGGGGUCUCGCGACUCGUGGCUCCGCCGCCGGCGCCGCUCGAGCGUCGGCCCGGUGUCGCCCACCUCGGCGAAGCAGGAGAAGGAGCGGCUCAUGCAGCAGAUGAAUGCUGCGCAUGAAAAGCCGACAGACAGGCUCAAGAAGGCGCGCAAGGGCGAGCGCCGCGUACGCGACCCCAUUACCGGGGGCGAGAUCAUCGUCAAGGACGCCGACCCGCGCGACUUUGACGUGACCAAGACGGCUACGCGGGGCGGGAAUGUCCUGUACAAUGCAUACCCGCCGCCCAGCCCCGUGAGCCAGGAGGAGAUUGCCAACAAGUUCCAGCUGCUGCAGUAUGCUGCGAUUGGUGGCAUGGCGGUGCUGUGGCUGUUCGUGGCGUUUGGCAGCGGCUUCCGCGCGUUCUUCUGGCGCUCGGUCGUGGUCGGCGCGUUUGGGUUCGCGUUCGUCACUGCCAUCUCGGUGCUGGGGCGGGGGAUCGACCGCGACUUGGAAAAGGUGCGCGUCGACCUGUCGCGCGCGCGCGGCGAGGCCUUCUCGCCGCCCAUGCCGGAGAGUGUUGAAUGGCUCAACGGGCUCAUCAAGCUCGUGUGGGGCGUCAUCGAUCCGCAAAUGUUCGUGCCGCUCGCCGAUACCGUCGAGGAUAUUCUCCAGCAAAGUUUGCCCGGCUUUGUCGACGCCGUGCGCAUCACGGACGUGGACCAGGGCUCCAACCCGCUGCGCCUGACGUCGAUCCGCGCCCUGCCCGACAUGCACACGGACCAAGAGUGGCCCCGCACCGAGUGGAUCGACCAGGGCGCCGGGGAGCCCAUGACCGACACGACCGGCAAGGAGAUCAAGGAGGACCAGACGGGCGACUACUACAAUUUCGAGUGCUCGUUCAGCUACGCCGCCCUCCCGGGCCAGGGGGCGCAGGAGCGCGCAAAGAACAUUCACAUGCUUAUCGAGUUCUUCUUGGGCGUGUACGACUGGUUCCACAUCCCGAUCCCUAUCUGGAUCCAGAUCGAGGAGAUUGUCGGCGUCGUCCGCCUGCGUGUCCAGUUCAUUCCUGAGCCGCCGUACGUGCGCCUUGUUACCUUUGCGCUGUGCGGCGUACCCGCCAUCGACGUCUCGGCUGUGCCGCUGUCGCGCCACCUGCCGUCGGUGCUCGACCUGCCGUUCAUCUCGUCGUUCGUCAAGUCGGGCAUUGCGGCCGGAACAUCCGAGCUGUCGGUGCCCAAGAGCAUGACGCUCAACCUCAAGGACAUGCUCUCCGGCGCCCAGGUCGGCGACACGCGCUCGAUCGGCGUGUUCGUCGUCAAGAUCCACUACUGCGAGGGCCUUUCGGCCCAGGAUAACAACGGGUUCUCGGACCCGUACAUUGUGCUCGCGUACGCCAACUAUGGGCGACCGCUGUACUCGACGCGCAUUAUCAUGGAGGACCUGAACCCCGUGUUUGAGGAGACGGCCUUCUUGCCCCUGACUAUGGACGAGGUGCGGGGCAAGGAGUCGGUUUGUCUCAUGCUCUGGGACAGCGACAAGCUGAGCGCCGACGACCUCGUCGGCCGAGUGCAGGUCGAGGUCGAGGAGCUCAUGAAGCACCCGAACCAGAUGUUUGACCGCACCGACGGGCUCAAGGGCUUCGAGGACUCGAACGAGAUGCCCGGCAAGCUCAUGUGGUCGAUCGGGUAUUUUGAAAAAGCGCCGCUUGACCCGUCGCUCCAGCGUGCGCCGACGCCCGAGGAGGCCAAGGCGCAGGUAGUCGAGCGCACGCCGACGUCAAAGGAGAUGCACCCGUACGACGCCGCCCCCAACCCCGCCAAGGAAGACCUGCCGCCGCCCGCGCCAGACCUCACCAAGACGCGCCCCGACCCCAAGUGGCCCUCGGGCGUGCUGUCUAUCGUCCUCCACCAGGUCAACAACCUCGAGCGCCAGCACCUCGAGGGCAAGAGCGGCAAGGAGCGCGAAGGCGAGGCGGGCCAGGACACGGACGAUCCCUCGGAGCAGACGGAGAACCUGCCCUCGGGCUACGGCGAGUUUAUUGUCAACGACGAGUUGAUCUACAAGACGCGUGUCAAGCAGUACGCCAUCAACCCGUACUUUGAGGCCGGUACCGAGGUAUUUAUCCGCGAUUUCACGACCACAGAGGUCCGUGUGGUUAUCCGCGACUCGCGUCUGCGCGAGCACGACCCGAUCCUCGGCGUCGUCAACGUCUUCCUCUCCGACAUCUUUGCCGACUGCUCGAGCGUCACGCGCAUGUUCUCCAUCACGGACGGCGUGGGCUUUGGCAAGGCCAACAUCAGCUUUGCGUUCCGCGGCAUGCAGAUGAGCAUCGCGCCAGAGCUACGCGGGUGGGACACGGGUACGCUCGUAGUGUCCAACGCGCGCCUCAAGAUCGACACGAAGAAGUUUGAAAAGCUCGACGUGCGCGAGACUAGUCUCAAGCUUAUCACUGCCGAAGUGACAGAGACAAUGUCCAAGCGCCAGAGCGCGGUCGAGGGCGGCGACACGGUCGUGUGGGACCUCGAGCAGGUCCAUCUGCCCAUCUAUCACCGGUACCAGUCGAGCAUUCUGUUCGAGUUUGGCAACACUGGCCUGCGCUCGCUCUUUGGCCUGCGGCAGCCGGGCGCGUUCAGCGUCUUCUGGAUCCAGGACAUUGUCGACGACACGCCGACCGACAUUGAGCUGCCCGUCAUCGUGUCCAACCACACCAAGUGUCUCAAGUGGAACUACAUCAACGACGAGACGGCCAAGCACCACGAGUACGAGGUGAUCGGCACGCUCAAAGUACGCAUGGAGUACACUUCUGGCCUGGACAACAGCCACGAGAAGCUCCGUCUCGGCCAGUCGCGCCGGCACGCCCUCGAGGCGUGGGACCUCAUCGAGGGGCAGGAGAUCCAGGCCCAGCGCCAGCUCACGUUCAUGGACGACGGCGUCAUCGACCGCAAGGAGAAGAAGGAGAUGAAGGCCGCCCACCGCCGCCAGCUCGAGUCGCGCGGCCGCGGCCUCGCCCAGAUCCGCGCGUACCGCACCGCCAAGUGGAUGACCAACGGCAUCAAGGACCGCCUCCCGGGCAAGAAGAAGAUUCGCGAGCCCACCGUCGCGACCGAGGCUGGAUAAAAAGCCUAGACUUAUAUCUUCAAGAAUGGCGCGGCACACACGAGCGAAAGCCGCAGCCUGUAUACACACACCCUAUUUGUAUCUUACGCACCUACACUCACGAUGAAUAGUAGUAGUACA